CGACACCCCACACUCAGUGACCCCCUGCUCCUCGAAUGUGAAGGCCCAACCGACCGUGUGGAUACCGCCGCCAUGAACUCGCCAAAGCCCUCCCCAGCAUCCCUGUUCCAGGUCUACCUCCGCCUGCGCCCGCCCAUGUCGCAGCAGGCCGAGGACCAGGCCGAACGAUGCUUGACAAUCGAGGCCCCGGAGCCCAAGCCCGCUCUCGACGACGGCCUGGAAGCCCCCGCUGCUCUCCCGACCCAUAUCACCCUACAGCCACCCUCCGACUCCAGAAAGCGUGCCAUCGAGCGAUUCGGCUUCACCAAGGUGUUUGAAGAGUCCGCGUCCCAGCUAGACAUCUACCAGGGCACCGAGCUGGAGUCGCUGGUCAGAGGCGUGUUGAUGGAAGGGAGAGAUGGACUCAUUGCGACGUUGGGUGUGACGGGUAGCGGGAAGAGCCACACCAUCCUGGGCUCGAAGACGCAGCGAGGAAUUACCCAGAUGAGCCUUGAUGUCAUCUUCAGAUCCCUGGCCUCGACAAUCAGACCACCCGACAACUCGAUCAACCCCCUCCUCCUGUCCACCGUGGCCGCGUCUGACGCGUCGGAGUCCCAGAUGUUCACGGCCCAGACAUUCCUGGAGGCCGUAUAUGGUGACCCCGCCGACCGGGGAAGGAAUUCUAGAGCUCAGACCCCGAUGAGCACCGGAAGAGCUCACACCCCUUUGACGGUAUGGCGCCUUCCCCGCACACCAUUGCAGGGGACCCUUCCCUCGAUGAUCCCUCGUUCCCGACCAUCCACUACCCACACUGGACCCUAUUUGAGACCGUACAAUGGACCCCCCCCAAUAUCAUGCUAUAUCAAUCCCCUUGUUUUUCAUCCAAAGUUGAGAGACAAAAUGAAAGAUGGUGGAAUUGCUACCCCCAUCACUCCGUCCAACAUAAAGCCUGGUCCAGGUCAAGUGCCUCGUGCUAACAUGUCUUAUCCCAUUUUAAAGGAGCCGAUGCCCGCCCUGAUCUUCCCUCGUCGCAACAUGCCCCCACGCUCUGCCGCCGCGCCCCGAUCGCCCGAUGUCAGCCAUCUCACGGUGGACUUGAACCCCCAUUCCGAAUAUGUCGUGCUGGUGUCGAUGUACGAGGUUUACAACGACCGCAUCUUCGACCUUCUAUCUCCUGCUAUUGCCCCGGGCCAAGGAAGCGCCAUGUCCCGACAAGGAGGAACUUCCCUCAAGGAUAGACGCAGACCCCUGUUCUUCAAGUCGACAGAGGGCUCCCCUGAUCGGAAGGUAGUUGCGGGACUGCGUAAGAUUGCGUGCAACACUUACGAAGAAGCGCUAUCCGUACUUGAAGUUGGCCUCACCGAACGCAAGGUCACAGGAACCGGAGCAAACAGCGUCAGUUCCCGCAGCCACGGAUUCUUCUGCAUCGAAGUCAAGAGAAGAAUGAGGAAUAAGAGAACCGGCGAAGAGACUUGGAUGGGUCAUACUCUGACAGUGGCAGAUCUGGCUGGCUCUGAGCGCGCAAGAACCGCAAAGACAGCUGGUUCCACCCUUGCGGAGGCCGGCAAGAUCAACGAGAGCUUGAUGUACCUCGGACAGUGCCUGCAGAUGCAGAGUGACAUCCAGGACGGCAACAAGGCUGCCAUGGUCCCCUUUAGACAGUGCAAGCUUACCGAGCUACUGUUCUCUAACUCUUUCCCCUCCUCCACCUCUGGCCUCAACCGCCACCCCCAGAAGGCUAUCAUGAUUGUGACUGCCGAUCCUGCGGGGGACUACAACGCCACAUCGCAGAUCCUGCGCUACUCAGCCUUGGCUCGUGAAGUGGCCGUGCCCAGAGCUCCCUCCAUUGCCGAAUCUAUCAUGUCAAGCACACUGGGUUCUCGUCACGGCUCUGCCAGUGGACGCAACACACCAAGUCUGGGUGCGAACGAAGAGCUCGAGAAGGCACUCGCUGAGAUUGCGCGGUUGACAAUGGAGAAUGAGUCCCUGUCAGUUAGGCUUGCCGAAGAGGAAAUCAUGAGGUCCGACCUCGAGAUCCGACUGAGAGCUAGCGAGGAGAGAUCCCUCAUGAUCGAACAAGAUGUGCGCGAAGAAUGCUGGAAUGAAAUGGACGAGCGGAUGGAAGAGGAGAGGAAGAAAUGGCAAACUGCAUGGGAUGAGCAGGCUGGCUACAACAACGAACACCUUGACAAAAAGAUCGAAUUGGUCUCCCGAGGCUUCCAGAUCCACGAAGACCCAACCCCCUCAAAUGAACAGAUUGAAGACCUCGAGUUCGAGAACGACCAGCUCCGCAGCAAAGUCGCCUCCCUCGAGCGCGAACUUAACUGCCGAUCGCCGACCAAGAAGUCCAAAUCGAAGACCACACUUGAGUCGUCUCGUAACUCCAACAUCCUCGGCCGCGAAAGCGACAUCGAAAAUGCACUCAAGCGCAUGGAUCAACUCAAGCUCGCUGACACCAUGUUCUCGCCCGCUCCGCCUACCACCACCACCACCACUUCCUCCGCCCCUGGAAAGAGACAGAGAAAGAUGGCCACCAGGAAGUGGGACUUGGCUCCGGAGGAGAAUAUCUAGAUUCCUCAUUCUCACUCACUCACUCAUUCACCCUUUCAUUCUUUUUCAAUGGAAGAGUGCUGGAGAAAUGUUGCUGUUUUAAUUUCUGGUUUAUGGAUACCUGGACACGGUUUCGUUCUUAUGUUAUUUAUGUUAUGACUUCGGGAUAACCAGGGCUGGUUGGCUUCAGGGCGUUUGGAUGUGGAUGUGGAUGUGGAUACCACUCAUUAUUUCUUCUCAUGUUAAUAAUAUUAAUCUCUAUGG